AGUGUAAGUAAACCGUUAGUACUUGAAUCGAAACUUAGCUGGAACCGUGUAAAAAAGGUUUGAUUUUUUUUAUUUAUUUACAAUUAUUAGAAAAAUUGAAGAAAUUCGAUAUUUUCAUAUUGAUCAAUAUAAAUUUAUUAUUCCUUAUUUGUGCAUAUUUUUACUUAUCUUCAAAAAUAGUUAUUUGAAAAACGAAAUAAUAUACUAGAGCCUACAUGUUGCUCUGUUCUCCAUGUUUUAAACUGGAAUAAUUUUGACAACUUUCUUUCAAGAGAUCUCUUGAGUAUAUAAAUAAGUCAUGGACAGUCCUCAGAUUUCAAGAUCUGGAAGAGUUCUUAAAAAAUCUGCAAAGGUGAAAGAAAUGGAAGAUUUUGACAUUAAUGAUUUGGACAUGCAAGGGAAACCACGCAAAAAAAGUAGGACAUCUGACGAAUUUGAUGAGUUUGACGAUAAAAGAGUUGCGCCCAUAAAAAUUCCAAAAAUCUCGCUUAAUUUAUCUCAAGGAAAGAGACCUCCUCAGACUAUAACCAAGCUUCCUCAAGGAGCUGCCAUGAAACCAAAGCCAGAUCAGAGGAGAUUUUAUGAUGAUUCUUCUGCUGAUGGAUCUAAAGAAUCUGAUUCUAGCUCAGUAUCAAGUGAAUCCUCGUCGUCGUCCUCAUCUUCAGAUGAUUCUGAUAAUGAUGAAAAUGAUUCUCGUCAGUGGUAUUCUAAUGUUGAUAAAGGUACUGUGAUGCAGAAUAUUCAACAUAUACCAACACAGCAAGAAAAAGUAGUCGUUGAAUCUUACAGACAGAGUAGUGGAAUGUCUAUGGAUAACAGUGAGGAUGAGGCAAGUGAUUCAGCACUGGUCAUUGCCGAGGAAUCCAAUGACUCUCUCACAUCUCGAGGCAAAGGUGCUUUAUCUAAGAAGAAACCACCUGUCCAGAGAAAGGAGCCUAAUUUCGGCCCUCGUAAAAAUGCUCCUCUGAAGAAAAAGCCGGUUAUCCGUAAUAUUGCUACUGCUGCAGCUGCUGCCAAAAAGGAUAAACCGCCUGGAAAAUCAAAACCUCCAACUGCAUAUACAUUAUGGUGUAUUGAAAAUCGCAAAAGGAUUGCAGCUGCCUCUGGUGCUAUUGGUUUUGGAAACAUUGGCAAAAAAUUGGGAGAGGCUUGGCAAGCAUUGCCAGACAAAGAAAAAAUGGCUUGGAGGAGGAAAGCAAAAAGAUUAGCUCUGAAAAAUUCUGGAGGUUUGAUCACUACUGGACCUGCAAAUGGAACAUCUCCUAAGAGCACCACACGUUCAACAUCCACUGCAAGUGAUGAUAUUUUUAAAGGAUUGAGUGAGAGCACAAGGGCUCUUGGAACAUCUGCAAUCGAUUCUGCAGCUUAUUUGAAGCUUCUUGGAGACUCUUUGAGUGUUAUUGGUCAGAGAUUAACUGAACAUGAGGGUCAAUUAGCUGUGUCAGGAAUUUUCUCUGUUCUGUUAGAUACAAUCCUGUGUGUCGUUGGACCACUUUUAUGUCUAACCUCUGAAUCACCCGUCUUAAACAGUCUCUCCCAAGAUGUGUCCAAAAGGACUUUAGAUAGCAUUGCUUAUUUUAUGCCAGGAUUGUAAAUGAUAUCCUGUGCUGUAUCUUUCUCCAUUUUAAAUUAACCAUCGAGUGCAUUGUGUAAUAAUCAUAAAUUUGAAUUUACAAAAUAGUAAUGAACUUUCAUAGUUUUUUUAUUAUUAUAUUAUGUAGCAUCAUAAUUAUUAAUAAAUGUAUGUAUAUUUUUCAUUUCUGUAAUAAAAACCUUGUAAUGUUUUAUUGCCA